UUCCCUCUCCAGGUGACAGUGGUGAAGGUGCCUGGCGUGAGCUUCUCUGCCCUGGGAGCUGCCUGGGAGCUGCCUUCUGUCCCCAGGCUGCCACUGUCCUCUGGGCCUGUCCAGCUCCACACCGGCUCCCACCAGCUGGUCCCAGUCACCACCAGGCAGGGGGUCCCAGGGACCCUGGGGCAGGUGGUGCAUCUUCCCUCUGUGGUGCAUCUUCCCCAGCUGGUGCAGCUGCCCCUUGGGGCUGCUCUCUGUCCCACUGCCUAUGGCUGGGUACAGCAGGUGGUGAUGGGGACACUGCUGCCCUACCAGCCAAGAGCUGUGGUCCAGGAAGAGGCCCUUUACCCCAUAGGCUCUAAUGUAUUCCACAUCCACAAUCAACCUGCCCUGGCUCUACCAGAUGGCACAACUACGAUGGAGCCCGAAGAAGUGAUGACCACAGAUCUCCCUGGAGACGGAUCAGCUGCCACCACAGAGACCAUUCCUGAGCAGGCAGGGGACAGCACAGACACACAUCUAUUUGCCUGGCCUGACACUGCAGUGAAUGAGGACACUGCCCUUGACAGCCCCAACAGCUCCACCUUGGAUGCUCUCCUGGAAGAACUCUCUGAGUAUCUGGAGGACAGUGGCUGCCUUGACAAUCAAGUGGAGUUGGCACAGCAAGGGGACAAUGAGGACACCAUCUUGGCCGCCAAUGUCCCCAGCCUGACAGCUGAGGACUUUGAUGAGUUCAUUGAAUUCUGUGAAUUCCUGCUGGAAGACGACCAUCCCAAGAAGCCGGUGGUGGAGGUGCAGCAAAGGAAUAGCCAGGAUAUCAUCCCUGCCAUCCCCAACCUGAUCCCCUCUGCCAGCCCACCUAUUGCCUCCCAGCCUCAGUCAUCCCACACAGUGCAGAUGGAGGAGGAGGCACUGCAGAUGCAGCCAACAGGCAUCAUCACUAUGCCUGUGCCCCCAAAAACAGGACAGCUGGCAGCAGCCAGGCCAAGAGCUAUGCACCAGCCAGCACCCCCACGAGCUAAGAGACCUUCCCGCAGGACUAUGGCCAAGCCAGCAAGAAAAAGACGACGGCAGUGAUGCAGCACCAAGGCCAGAAGACAAUCUGAGCCAGUGACCUACAUCCAGACUCCCAGCCCUCUCCUACACUCCUCAUUCCCAUUUAGUCAUUAAAGGCUUGUUUUGCAUCUC